AUGCCUGGCGCAAAGAAAGCGGUCUCUCUUUCAGAUGAUAAAACGAAACAUUUAAUGCAAUAUGCAAUGAAAUUUUUACACAAAGCGAUAAGUAUAUACAACUUAGUCCUUCGGGGUGCCGAAAGUCAAACAGAAACCACUCUCAAUGAUAGUAUAAAGAGAAGCCAGAUUUUGAAAGAGUUUUCUUCUCCAUAUUUGUCACAAAAUUUCGUUCCUGACAUGUUAAAAACAUACAAUCGUCGAGUUCGUCAGAGGCAAGCUCAAACACGUGCUGAAGAAACACGAGCCCGACUUUGGCACGAGAAACGUAAAGAGAAAGAUGCACUUCUGGCUGAAAUUUUACACAACAAAUUAAAACUCCAAGAAAAAAAGAUUAUCGAACAACCCACACUUCCUGAGCUGACUUCCGACAUGAGCGAACACAUAAACAAAGCACUAGUUCCAUAUCCUCCAAAUCAAGUCCUUUCUGAGUGUUUCAACAUUUCAAUAACCCGCGAGCACAUGUCGACUUUGUUCGGUCUAAAUUGGCUUAAUGAUGAAAUUAUAAAUUUUUAUAUGGAAUUGAUUGUUCAGCGCUCUAAAGAUGUAAAAGAUUACCCCGCAGUACAUUCCAUGAAUACAUUCUUUUAUCCUCGAUUGAGUACACAAUCUUAUACAUCAGUACGUCGGUGGACAAAAAAAGUUGAUAUAUUUUCCAAAGACAUCGUUCUGUAUCCAAUACAUCUUGGCGUGCAUUGGUGUCUAGCUGUCGUUGAUUUCAUAUCGAAACAAAUAAGAUAUUAUGAUUCAAUGGGUGGAGCCAAUCGGGAAUGCCUUGAAAUCCUAAAAAAUUAUCUUCUUUGUGAGCACAAGAAUAAAAAAGGAUCAGAGAUCAAUCUUUCUGACUGGCAACUGUUGUCAAUGUCUGAUAUACCGCAACAAAUGAAUGGAUCAGAUUGUGGAGUCUUUGCUUGCAAAUUUGCAGAGUAUAUUACUUCUAAAUCAGACUUAACAUUUUCCCAGCGAGAUAUGCCUUACUUUCGGCGAGCCAUGGUAUGGGAAAUUAUCAACAAAAAACUUCUACGGUGAUAUGACAUUGUACUAAUAUAUUUAUAUCAUUUUCGGAUCUUGUUUACUUUGGUAACCUUUGUUAAAUAUUAUUAUCUGCUUCCCAUCCAUUAUGAUAUCAUUAUUCUGGCUACCAUGCUCCAUUGAUAUAUAUAUAUUUUCAUUAUUGGGGGGUUGUGUUUCGAAAUUUAGAGGGUGGUAAAUAUUUUGCCAAUAGCGAUGAAACUAUUUGCAACUUAUAAAAAUGUGUUAUGUAUAUGACAGACCAUCUACUCUACACUGAUAAAUAUACCAUUUUCUGAAUAUUCAAAGACAAUUUUACCGAAGUUAGGUAUUGAAGUCUGGCAUCACAUCUGGGGAAUGUAGGACAAUCACUAGGGUUGCCUAUUUGGGAAGCUAAAAAACAUAAACGAAAGCUGUCAAUGAUAAAAGCUAAUCAAAUAAAUCAUAUCUUAUUCACUUCUAAUACGAGGAAGAACAAUCUACUUGCGAGCAUUGAUAUGAGGAAUACAGUCAUGUUUCGCUGACGUAUAAUACUCACAUAUACGUACUGACUUACGUGAUAUUGAUGAAAUCCAAAUUUCAAAAUGCAAGUAGUGUGGGUACAUGUACUCGAAAUGCUGAUUGCAUUCGCAAAUUAUCAAAAACAACAGUAAAGUCUGUGAAAAAGAAUCUCUGUGGUAAAUAAUAUGUCGAACUAUCGAUUUCUUGUAAAAUUUAAAAAAAAAAAAAAUUUAAAAAAAAAAUAAAAUU